AUGUCUUCCUCAAAACAGCCUCACCAGGAGGACCAUCCUGAUUCGGAGCCUGAGAUGCUCGAUGAGGACGAUGCUCUUGAAGAAAUUGACGCAUCCGAAGAUGUCGACGUUCCCAUGGAGAGCGACGACGACGAGGAGCCCGAAGAGAUCAACCUGCACAACGACGGCGUCGCAUACUUUGACCAACACAAGGACUCAGUUUUUGCCAUUGCCCAACAUCCAACCCGUCCGUCACUGAUCGCAACAGGUGGAUCUGAAGGAGACGCGGACGACGCACCCGGCAAGGGUUACGUCUUUGACACUGCACACGUUCCCCAGCGCCCUCUAUUACCACCAAACUUUAGCGGCGAGCCCCCGAACCCCCCGGUCGCGCUGGACCGUCUGUUUGAGAUUGAUGGACAUACCGACAGCAUCAAUGCUCUGGCUUUCACGUAUCCCGAGGGCGAAUAUCUCCUCAGUGGAGGUAUGGACGGCAAGCUGCGCGCAUACUCGGUCAAGGCGGCGCCAUUACAACCGGGAGCUGCGUCAAGUACGCCGGCCGCGCAAAUCAGCUUCCUUGCCGAGUCCCAAGAGGUUCCCGAAAUCAACUUCCUAUCACCCUGCCCCAACGGCACAUCACACCCGAACGUAGUAGCCCUUGGUGCAUCCGACGGCUCCGUCUGGGUGUACCAGGUGGACGGCAGCUCCGAUCCAGCGCUUCAGAUCCUGCAGUCAUACUUCCUCCACACCGGUCCCGUCACAGCAUGCGCCUGGACCCCCGACGGUGAGAUGCUUGCCACCGUCUCCGAGGACGGCAGUCUCUACGUCUGGGACGUGUUUGGAACGGCCUCGGCUGCCGGCCUCAAGGCUAGCGACAACGGAAUGAGCGUCCUGGCUCUCACAUCAGCAGAUCAACGAUUCGAAGUCGAAGGUGGCCUGUACAGUGUAUCAAUCUCCCCCACGGGGGCUGUCCUGGCCGUCGGAGGUGCAGGAGGCGCCAUCAAGAUCGUCAGCUUGCCGCGGAUAGACAAGAACACGAGCGCGCAGGCCGGCAAGCGCCGCGGCGGCGCAGCCAGCAACGCCAUCGAAGGCGGGCAGAUCCUCGCCAGUCUGCAUGCGCAGGGCGACGGCGUCGAGACGCUCUCCUUCUCGCAACCCGGUGCGGCGGGUGGCAGCGGCACGCUUCUCGCUGCAGGCUCCGUCGACGGUUCGAUCGCCAUCUACGACGCAGCGCGCAACUUCCAGGUGCGCAGGUUGAUCAACGGCGCGCAUGGCGAUUUCAGUGUUGUCAAGGUGGAGUUUGUCAAGGCAAACCCGCACCUCCUGACUUCCUGCGGCAUGGACGGCGUCGUUAGGAGGUGGGAUGCCAGGGGAGGUGUCACGGCGGGCAGCCAACAGCAGACCCAGACGGGACAGGCUGGUGGCCUGCUCAAGGAGUGGAGGGGACACCGAGGUGAUGGAGAGGGUGGUGGCGUGCUGGGAUUUGUGCAGGGUGAGGCUGGCGAGAGGGUUGCCACUGCUGGUGAUGAUGGUGUAGUGUUGGUUUUUGAGGCAUAG